AUGGUACUCAGAGGUAUACCAGAAGGAAGGAGACCAUUAGGUAGACCAAGAAUGCGAUGGGUUGAUGAGGUGACGAAGGACUUGAGAGGAAUGGGAGCAGACUUGGAGCUGGCAGAGGAUAGAAGAGCUUGGAGGCACAUGGUUGGCGAGGCCAAAAACCACCUAGGUUUCCAAUGGCCACAGGAGCUCAUGUUGAUGGAUAAAUGCAAGGCUGAAAGAGGUCGCAAUUCUUCUGACAACUCACCAAAGUUACGAACUCAAUUAAUGUCAGUCAUUAGUUGCAGAGAACAAGAUGACAAGAAGAUGAUGCGAAUGAGUGUGUUGAAACGUCGACGGCGUCACAACUUGUCAAGGACGUUGAACAUAUCUCGGGACAUCACAAUAGACCUGACGAACUUUGCAGAUUCUUACUACUACGGCGACAUCACUAUAGGCACUCCGGGUCAGCCAGUGAAGAUCAACUUCGAUACAGGAUCUUCAGACUUCUGGGUCGGUUCAGCCUACCUCUGUACCUCAUACCCUGAAUACUGUAACAAGUGUGGACAUUCCGUGUACGACCACGAUCAGAGCUACAGCUACCAAGAGGACGGCAGACUCUGGCGUAUUGGUUACGAGGACGGCUCCUUCUACAAGGGGUUCAUAUCUAAGGAAGAUUUUGAGAUAGCAGGCGCUGACGUGGAGGAUCAGCUGUUUGCAGAGGUGAUCACCAUCAACCACGCAGACAGUACCUGCCAGGAACAGUAUGACGGUAUCCUGGGCUUAGGCUACCCUGACUACGGCUCUACUAAUAUACUCCGGAGAAACCUCCCACUGCUCAACAUGGUGUGUCAGGGAGUCGUUGACGAGCCCAUCUUUGCCUUCUACCUUACCCAGUAA